UGUAAAGGUUUGAUUGUAUCACAAAACCAUUGUACAGAAACAAUUACCGGAAACGUCUCUGAAGAAGAUUCCGGUUCUCACACUUUCAUAAUGAAGAAAGCAGGUCCUUUGGUAUUACAGUCCAAUGGAAUGAGCAGUAUUGCUGCGUCAUUUACAUCAACACAAAAUGGAUUAGAAAAGUGGAAACUUGAACGUGAACUUCAACAAAUUGAGUGCGAGGAAUCAUUCACUCGAACAAAUAAAGGCAAGGAAAUUCAUGAGCUUAAAGAUCUGGCUUUAAAGUACAUAGCAACUGGUUGCGUUUUUAAACAACAUAGAUUUGAGAAAUAUGACCCUUUUCGGAAAGAAGAAAAAGAACGCAAGGUCAGAAGACAACUUCAGACCCAAAAAUAUAAACACAAAAGUGUAUCAGGAAAGCAACCGAAUGAAAAAAGACUUAUCUUAGCUCCAAAAUUGCAUAGAAGCAAAACGAUGAUAGAGGAAAUUGGAUAUAAAGAAAAGUCACAUUCUCGCGGAAGGAUACAUGCAAGUUUACCAGAUAUUUCAAAACCAUUGGAAAUGAUUGAAUUACACAACGAUGUUAGAGAAAGUGAUUGCAACGUUAAUAUUUUUGAUCAACUGCGAAGUAAAAGUGUCUCUGAUUGUGAUUGUGAUAGUGAAUUUACACAGAAAAAUAUGUCUGCGUGCUUAUUACCGACCAUUAAGCGUGUUGCAUUAUGGGAACAAUCAAACAAAGAUAAUAAGGAGGAAGAAAAAAAGGAAAGGAUUCGACACAAGAAAUAUCAACCAAACUUAAAAGAAGAGUUCAAAAUGAUGUUUCCAGGAAACUGCAAAACAACAUAUUCAAUGAGAAAAUUUAUAGAUAAGGAAACUAAGAAUGUAAUUCGUGAUAUAGACACGAUUCCUAGGAAACGAAACACCAGGGAGCACGAACACUUAAUCAAAAAGUCUCAGCUGCCGGAAUUCAUUAAUAGAAACAAAACAACGUCUGCCAUUUUAAGAGACUUCCGGUCCAUUAAAAAGUCUUUGAAUAAUGACGAUAAAAUUGACAAGAAACUAGAAAAAGAAGAUAGAUACAGUCGUGUGCUACGCUUUCUCGAGCAUGCGGACUCGUUUGAGGACUGA